AUGACCGCUAAACAUAGCCAGGUAUUAUGCGAACCAAGUCGCAUUGAUGAUCCAUCUGAAUCACGAGCAUCAUUGAAAAAUGCACAAGAAGCUCUCAAAGAUAUUAAUGAACUCAACAAAGAGCAUAAAAAUUUCGAUCUCGAAACAAAAGAUAUCGCUCAACAGCGUAUGUCGUUGAAAACUGCAGAAGAAUUUAUCAAGAAAUUAGAUGAAAGAGAAGGAGUAAGAAAUUCAAGGAUUUUAUCACCAACUUCUACCCAAAAUAUUAAAAAUCAAGUGUCAGAGAGUAGAAAAUCAGAGAUGAAAAUAAUUCAAGAAAGCAAAGAACAAAAAAAACAAUUAAAUCAAGAACAUCAGAUAAAAUCCAAGAGAAUAUCAAAACAACGAAGACAGAUGCAAAAUAUAAAACAGCAGCAAUACCAGGAUGAAAGACGACACCAAAAAAUUGAACAAGAGAAACGACAAGCUAAGAGCACGAGUGGUAGUCAUAGCCAAACUGCACAGCAAGAACCAAAUAACAAGCAAACUGGUAAUCUGCCAACAGCACAUGAUCAAAAAGUUCACCAGAAAGACAUUAAGUUCAAAGCCCAGAUGGACAAUUCAGGCAAAUACAGAGCCCUAAAUCAGUUGAACAAAGAAAACAAGUGGAAAAUGUAA